ACAAAAAUGGCGACCAUAACAGAAAGCUGUUUUUGGUGCGGACAGCAAUUUCAGGACGAAUUUGUGCUGAAAUGCGGUGCCUGCGCCAACUGUUAUCAUAGCAGAUGUGUCGGUACUUUGGAGAUUUUGGCGCAGGAUUUCGCCGAUUACCACUGUUCUCAGUGCAUCGUCCUCGUCGGCCCCACCAUUUACAAACAACCAACAAACAAUCACAGACAUGACAGAUAUGAAAUCGACCUCGACGGCAAAGCAACUCAAACGGGCACACCAAAAUUUAUCUCGGAACUAAAAACCCGUAUAUUUUGCAGUGCAUCUGAAAUUGUUAAACGUUCAAAUGGAGUCGACUUCAACAUCAACCACCUCACCGAGCAUGGAUUUUCUAAUCCUGUUCUGCUUGAGCCUGCGGAAAGCAUAGAGGGCUUCCAAAUGGUGUCCAAAGACUUUGACUUUUACAAUGUUCCUCAAGUCAUUGACGGUACAAAGGAAAUCACAGCAAUUUGCUGCACAAGUCAGUCAGCAACUCGGCUUAAUGUUGAUGACUACAUCAAGUACUAUACAAGUGGAGAUCGAUCAAGAAUUCUCAACGUCCUCAGUUUAGAGUAUUGCAAUACUGAGCUCAACAAUUUGGUCACAGCACCCUUAGUAAUUCGUCAAAUGGACUGGAGAAACAAUGUAAUGGGUCCUGGUGAAUGGCCUGCUGAUUUUGACAAUCGGCCCGUUCACAGUUGCUUGAUCAUGAGCGUUGCAGACUGUUACACCGAUUUUCACAUGGACUUUGGCGGGUCAUCUGUUUGGUACCACUUGCUGAAGGGAGAAAAGGUAUUUUAUUUGAUACCUCCUACACAGCCCAAUAGGGCCAUGUACCAGCGCUGGUUGAACUCAUCGAAGCGAUUAGAGAUGUUCUUCGCUGACCAGGUCGAAAAGUGCUACCAGUUUGUAUUGACAGCAGGCCAGACCAUUGUAAUUCCUGGAGGUUGGAUUCACGCUGUCUUAACAACAAAGGAUUCAAUAAUGUUCGGAGGAAAUUUCCUUACCGACUUCAACAUUGAGUUGCAAUUAGCUGCGUAUGCAAUUGAAAAGGCUUCUCACACACCUGCGAGCUUCUGCUUCCCAAAUUUUGAAGGAUUGCAUUGGUUCGCUGCAGACUCGAUCACAAACAGGCUGCGUCUUAUCCAUCAAAAUGGACAAAAGUGCCCUGACUAUUUGCUCAGAGGGGUCAAGGCCCUUAACACUCACUUAAAAGUGUGGAAAAAUAAGGAAGCCAUAUUACAGGUUCAGAAAGGUCGUAACCUGAGUGUUCCUGAGGGACUAGAUGGAGCGGUUGUUCUGCGUGAGCUCAGUAAAGCAAUCAGGAAUGCUGAGCGUCUCAUAAAUACUCUGAACCCUCCAAAACCUGAGCGGGAAUCAAAGAGAAUGAAAAAGAAACCAAUUGACAAAGACUUUGUUGAUCUCACACAACCACUCUCAACCAAAGUUGCGCAGGAGCAAAGGGUCAGUUUAAAGGUUAUAAACAACAAACUCGAUUUCCCGUCGGAGCCUUCAAGUUUUGAUCAAUAUCCUGCUGAGCUCAAAGAAGAACCUCCUGCAGAGAUAAAGGCUGAACCUGUGACCAGUCUAAAGCUGCGUUUUACCCUAGGUGGAAAACCUGUUGCCGAGACCUCGGUCCCAACAGCAAGAGUCAAAGAUGCCCCUACUGCCAUAAGAGACCCUUACGCUUUUGACGCAAGCGACGAAGAACAGCUUCACAUUGACGAAAGGCCUAAGAAAAUUCGAAAGUCUGAAAAGAAGUUGCCUCGGCUCGAUGGAACAGACCAGUCCGUUUUCAGUGAAGCCCUUCAAGGAGAUGUGGUCAUGGAGCCUGUCGAAACUGUCAGCACUCUCGAUUUGGGAGGCGAAGUCGACAUUGUUGCCUUCGUAGACCCAAAAGCUGGGCAGCAAAAGAGCAGCAAGGAGUCUAAGUCUAGCAAAAAGAAGAAAAAGGAAAAGUUGUUCGUAAAACCAGAAACACCUAAAAUACUUCAAACACCUCCUCCGCAGCAAGAAACCAUAAGUCUAGGAUCUGUCCUGCCAAUGAUUGGUCACGUUCCCUCAAUGUCCAAGAUGCAAUCAAUUGCCAAUCAACCUCCACCAGUUCAAAAAAUAAAUCCUCCUUUGAGAAUCUCUGUAAAGCCUGAUAAGAAAGCCAGCAAAGCCCCGGAAGAGGAGACAGAAGAGCCUCCAGAAGACCCCGUUGCAAAUGUUCACCAGGAUGACGAUUAUGUUUAUCCGUCAUUGGAUGGCUCUGACGAAGAAGAUUUUGUGUUCAAACCAAGAGGGAGACGCAAGAUGGAUGAAGCUUGGAAUCCAAAAGCUCGAGUUGGUCCUGUCGUUCCAAAGAAGGACCGUCCUAUACGGGAAGGUACAAAAAAGCAGUCUGUAGAGAAGGGUCUGGAGGCAGCUGCUGCAAAAAGAGCUGGACAACCUGCUGCAAAGAGACCAUACAUAAGAAGGAAGCCAAGACCUAUACCAAAGAACAGUCCACCAGCGGCUAACAUCACCACUGUUCAUGGUCCUGGAGACCUUGUGAUCGCAACUCUAACGUCUUCAGCAAAAAAGGCAGACAAAGCGAAAAAACCAAAGAAAGGCAUGAAGACGGCCAAGCAGCGUCUGGGAAAAAUUCUGAAAAUUCAUCGGAUGAAUUUGAAUUAGUUCACUUUUACUGAACCCCUCUUUCACUCACAUUAAUUUAGUUUUCGGUUCCUAUGUUGGUAUUUCAAUUUUACUCAACUUUGAAUGCUCUUUUGUCGUUAUUUUCAAAUCAUUUCGUAGAAUUGCUACAUUUUGAUGAAUGUAUGUAUUUGUCUGUUUUUUCUAUUGUUUUUUUUUU